ACUUCCCAAGCGCUUAGUACAGUGCUCUGCACACAGUCAGCGCUCACUCAAUAGGAUUGAUUGAUUGGAAGAGGGGUCGGGAUCGUUGCCAUGGUGCCCUCGCUGGCCGUGGCCAUCGCCCUGCUGCUGCUGCUCGCCCUGCUCCUGCAGCUGUACCGCUUCGCCAGGGCCGACGGAGACCUCACCCUCAUGGGGGCCGAGAGACGCGGCCGCACACCCGAAUUGGAAUUGAUAAAUUCGGUGGUCUGGGUGACCGGUGCCUCCAGCGGGAUAGGAGAGGAACUGGCCUAUCAGCUGGCCCGACUGGGGUGUCCUCUGGUGCUGUCGGCAAGAAGAGAAAAUGAGCUGCAAAGAGUGAAGCAGAAGUGCCUGGAGAUCAGCAGUUUACAGGAGAAAGACAUCCUGGUCUUACCACUGGAUUUGGCCGACAGGAGCACCCACGAAGCUGCGACCAAACGCAUUCUCCAGGAAUUCGGGAAGAUCGACAUUUUGAUCAACAACGGUGGAAGGAGCCAGCGUUCCUUGUUCGUGGACACGAACCUGGAGGUCUACAGGGCCUUGAUGGAGCUGAACUUUCUGGGCUCGCUGUCCUUGACCAAGUGCGUCCUGCCUCACAUGAUGGAGAGGAACCAGGGGAAGAUCGUGAUGGUUUCCAGCCUUGUGGGCAUAACUGGGGGGCCCUUGACUUCGGGGUACGCGGCCAGCAAGCACGCUCUUAAUGGAUUUGUCCACAGUGUUGGAGCUGAACUUUUCGCGUAUCCAGGAAUUACAGUCUCCAGUGUAUGCCCUGGACCUGUGCAGUCCAAUAUUGUAAAAAAUGUCUUCACUGAGGAACUCUCAAAGCCAUUCGUCAGCACGGUGACCCAGGACAGCAAGAUGUCCACGGCCCGUUGCGCCCGGUUGAUUCUGGUCAGCGUCGCCAACAACCUGAAGGAGGUCUGGAUUGCUGAACACCCUUACCUGGACUUCUUCUACAUCUGGCAGUACAUGCCCACUUGGGGCUGGUGGCUAAUGAACUGGUUAAGCACCCGGAGAAUUCAGAAGUUCCAGAGUGGAGAGGAUGCAGACGGCUCGUAUUUUAUGCUGGCAAAGAAGAAGCGCACCUAAGGAAAGGCCUGCACCCUCCUCCUCGUGGUGGUGGUUGUGGAGAAGACCGAACUGGGGAAGUGCUCGUCCUCAGUGCAAACCUGUGCCUUAAUCAUUUCUGCUACAAAGCUUGUAGGAUGAUGGAAGAAGGGGGGCUGUGCUGCUAGAAGGUUGCCCGAUGCAUUAAAAGUUUGAAGUUUUUGAA